CUCCAUGUAUUCAGUGACAGUAAGUGUAGGAGCAGCUGCAUUGCUGUUUCUUCUAUUGGUGAUGGUCUGCCAUCUUGUAAGGCGACGAAAUCAACAAAGUAACAAAGAUGUCAAAAGAUGCAUUCAGUCUACAGCCACUGUGUCCAAACCUCUGCAUUGCCUAUCACAGCUUUUUCAUCGCUCCCUUGCUCCCUCGCUCCCUGGACCUCCCUCUCUUCCCUUCCUGGGAAACAUUUUCGAUCUUAGCCAAGAUCAUUUGCCCAUAUACCUGACUGGACUGGCUCGUCGAUAUGGAAACAUCUAUCGUCUCCGUUGUGGAAGCACCACGAUGGUGAUUCUGAACAGCAGUGAAGUCAUUCGUGAGGCUCUGGUCAAAAAGUGGUCUGACUUUGCAGGAAGACCACAUUCAUACACAGCUGAUAAAGUGUCAGGUGGGGGCUACUCCAUCUCUCUGGGUGAUUACAGUGAGAAUUGGAAGUCCCACAGACGCCUGACCCAUAGUGCUUUGCAGCGUUGUGUUGCUGACUCUCUUCACUGUUUAAUAGAAGAGCAAGCGCUAUACCUCAAACAGGUGUUACUGAACUAUAAGGAGAAGCCAAUGGAUCUGUCUGAAGACUUCACUGUAGCAACCAGUAACAUCAUCACAAAGCUAGCCUUUGGAAAAUCAUAUGAGAAGAGCUCAGCACAUCUUCAGGAGAUGCAUGGAUGUCUAAAUAAGAUUGUGUCUCUGUGGGGUUCACCGUGGAUCUCAGCUCUAGACUCUUUCCCUUUUCUCAGAAAGUUACCAAACGCUCCCUUUACUCGUUUAAUGAAAGAGGUGGCUAAAAGAGAUGAGAUCAUUGGAGGUCACUUAGACGAGUUUAAGCAAAAGAAACAUAGUGAAGACUUUGCAGCACCCCUUCUACAGUACCUUAAUUCACCAGAGGGAAAAGUACCCAAAAUGACUUUGACAGACAGUCAUAUACACAUGACGACAGUGGACCUGCUCAUAGGGGGAACAGAGACGACUGCCGCCUGGCUCAGCUGGACCAUUGCCUUCCUCUUACACAGACCAGAGGUUCAGAACCGAGUGCAUGAAGAGCUACAUAGUGUACUGAAGGGUCAGUAUCCUCACUACAGUGACAGACACAAGCUGCCUUAUCUGUGUGCUGUGAUUAAUGAGGUGCUGAGAUUGAGACCUGUAGCUCCACUUGCUGUGCCACACAAAGCCAUCAGAGACAGCAGCAUUGCAGGAUAUUUCAUCCCCAAAAAUACCAUUGUUAUCCCCAAUUUAUUUGGUGCUCAUCAUGACCCAGAGGUUUGGCCUGACCCACAGAGCUUCAGACCAGAACGCUUUUUGGAGGGAAAUGGGAGCUGUCUCCGGGCUCUAAUACCUUUUGGAGGGGGUGCUCGGCUAUGCCUCGGGGAGUCUGUAGCUAAAAUGGAGAUGUUCCUCUUCACUGGAUAUCUGCUACGGGACUUUCAGUUUCUUCCUGCCAGCCCUGAAGAACCGCUGCCUGACCUGCGUGGACUGGCCAGUGUGGUCCUAAAAGCCAAGCCCUACAGAGUUAUAGCCUGUCCAAGAGCCUAAUAAAUCACUGUAGUGAAUCUAGUUUGUUCAAGGAUUUG